ACGAAACGGGGAAACGGCAAACGGCCGCGGCACGAGGCGCGGCACAGCGCGGCAUUCAUCCCCGCGUCACGUCAUUCCUCGUCGUUGUUGAUCCGCGUCAUCGGCGUGCCACCGAUCGUAGGAGCGUGCCCUCGAAAGGAAAGUCGACGGAAGGUCCAUACAGGGGAAAAAUCCAGCGCGAGUGGCACACGUCUCGUUUUUCUCGGGGCUCGAGAAUCUCGCGGUGGGACAGAGACUAGAGACGUUUUCCAAGCGCAAGGUUGCGAUGGUACGAUGACCGCUCUCGGGUGUCUCGUGUACGCAUUCGCCGUAGCGGCGGGCUCGCUCGCGUACGCCUAUGACGACGAAUGCAUCUUUCCUCUUUUGGAUAGAGCUCAACUAACAGCGACGACUUCCUUGCCGGAAAGAGGACCGAACAACGCUAGGCUAAAUGGAGAUUCCGCGUGGUCACCAGAACUUAGCAGUUACAAUCAACAUCUUACUAUGGAGCUGGGGGACAGAUAUGAGAUCCGCAGCAUUGCUACGCGAGGGCGGGCACACACUAAUGAAUACGUGACAGAAUAUAUUAUCCAAUAUUCUGAUGAUGGUCAAGCUUGGGCCAGUUAUGAAAGCCAGGAUGGUGUAGAUGAGAUGUUUAAAGGUAAUGUAGACGGAGACAGAAUAAAACUUAAUAAGUUUGAAGUGCCGAUAAUCGCGCAAUGGAUUAGAAUAAAUCCAACACGAUGGCGAGACAGGAUAUCACUGAGGGUCGAACUUUACGGAUGCGACUACGUGUCCGACGUUGUUUCCUUUAACGGAUCCUCCCUCGUACGGCUAGAUUUACUCAGAGAGCCUAUCGAGACUGAUAGACAUUUUAUACGUUUCCGAUUUAAGACGAACAACGCCGAUGGCGUGUUAAUGUACUCCCGUGGCACGCAGGGUGAUUAUAUAGCCUUGCAAUUGCGCGACAACAGGAUGUUACUUAAUAUCGAUCUCGGAUCCGGUAUUAUGACGAGUUUAUCCGUCGGUAGUCUUCUGGACGAUAACAUGUGGCACGACGUUUUAAUUUCACGCAAUCGUAAAAAUAUUUCCUUCUCUGUCGACAGAGUACUGAUUAAAGGUAGAAUAAAAGGAGAGUUUCAUCGACUGGAUUUAAAUCGAGAGCUCUACAUCGGCGGUGUGCCUAACAAACAGGAUGGUUUAGUGGUGAACCAAAACUUCACCGGUUGCAUAGAGAACUUUUAUUUAAAUGCAACGAAUAUAAUUCACGAGCUGAAGGAAACGAUAUACGACGAGAAUUUGCGAUACUACAAGAUCAAUACGAUCUACACCUGUCCGGAACCUCCGAUAAUACCCGUCACGUUUUUAACUCCCGGAUCUUUUGCCAGGCUGAGAGGCUACGAGGGUGUACCGUCUAUGAAUGUUUCUCUCGCAUUUCGAACAUACGAAGAGAGAGGAAUAAUUCUUCACCAUCAGUUCACGACUCCGGGCUUCGUCAAGUUAUAUCUGGAAGAAGGUAAAUUGAAGGUCGACGUAAAAACGAAGGAGUACCCGUUCGCGAGUUUGGACAAUUUUUACGAAAAGUUCAACGAUGGGAAAUGGCAUCAAGUAAUCUUGACGAUCGCCAAAAAUUCACUCGUUUUAAAUGUUGAUGGGCGCCCGAUGAAAACGGAGCGUCUCCUGGAUAUGUUAACCGGAUCGCAUUAUUUGAUCGGCGGUGUAAUCGGAGCAGGGAGCAAUUAUGGCUUUGUUGGCUGUAUGAGAAUGAUAAGUAUCGAUGGAAAUUAUAAAUUGCCGACCGACUGGAAGGAAGAGGAGUACUGCUGUAAGAACGAGGUUGUCUUCGACACUUGUCAGAUGGUGGAUCGCUGCAAUCCGAAUCCUUGCAAGCACUUCGGUGUUUGCCGUCAAAAUUCUGAAGAGUUCUCCUGCGAUUGUGCCAAUACUGGAUACACCGGCGCCGUCUGUCACACCUCGUUAAAUCCCCUAUCGUGCGAGGCAUAUAAGAAUAUGAAUUCGGUAAAUCAGCGUGCGGAAAUUAAAAUCGACGUGGACGGGAGCGGGCCGUUGAAGCCUUUCCCUGUCACCUGCGAGUUCUUCGCCGACGGCCGCGUAAUGACGGUUUUACGUCAUAGUAACGAGCAUUCGACUCCUGUCGAUGGAUUCGAGGAACCUGGCAGCUUCAUACAGGACGUUAAUUACGACGCUGACCUUGAUCAAAUAGAGGCUUUAUUAAAUCGAUCUAUAAGCUGUAGACAAAGGAUAAAUUACGCGUGCAAACAUUCCAGGUUAUUUAAUUCCCCAGUUUCCCAAAACGAUUACUUCAGACCAAACUCGUGGUGGGUGAGUCGGAAUAAUCAAAAGAUGGAUUACUGGGGCGGCGCGUUGCCCGGGUCGCGAAAGUGCGAGUGCGGUAUACUUGGAAAUUGCGCGGAUCCUACCAAGUGGUGCAACUGCGACGCUAAUCUGGAGGGAUGGUUAGAGGAUGGUGGGGAUAUUACAGAGAAAGAGUAUCUUCCCGUCAAACAGUUACGUUUCGGCGACACCGGUACGCCGCUCGACGAAAAAGAGGGUCGUUACAUGUUGGGUCCGCUCAUUUGCGAGGGCGAUGAUUUGUUCAAGAACGUAGUCACAUUCCGUAUAGUAGAUGCUACCAUUAAUUUGCCGACCUUUGAUAUUGGGCACAGCGGCGACAUUUAUUUCGAGUUUAAAACUACUGUCGAAGAUGCUGUGAUAAUUCAUAGCAGAGGACCCACCGAUUACAUCAAGGUUUCUAUAAACACUGGCAAUCAGAUACACUUCCAGUAUGUGGCCGGUGGAGGGCCGCUUACCGUUAGCGUGCAAACAUCUUACAAUUUGGCUGACAAUAAGUGGCAUUCCGUGUCAGUGGAGAGAAAUCGCAAGGAGGCCCGGAUUGUCAUCGACGGGGCGCUGAAGAACGAAGUGCGAGAACCUCCGGGUCCAGUGCGAGCGUUACACCUUACCUCGGCUUUCGUGGUGGGUGCUACGACCGAUUACAGGGACGGAUUCGUCGGUUGUCUAAGAGCGCUACUUCUCAACGGUCAGUUGCAAGACCUGAGGGGUUACGCUCGGCGCGGAUUGUACGGCAUUACGGAAGAUUGUAUCGGCAGGUGUGAGAGUAAUCCUUGCCUCAACAAUGGCACGUGCCAUGAAAGAUACGAUGGAUACUGGUGCGACUGCCGAUGGACCGCAUUUAAGGGACCAAUUUGUGCGGACGAGAUUGGCGUGAACAUGCGACCUAGUUCGAUGAUAAAAUAUGACUUCAUGGGCAGCUGGCGUUCCACCAUCGCUGAGAAAAUACGCGUUGGCUUUACGACAACGAAUCCGAAAGGAUUUCUAUUGGGCCUGUUCUCCAAUAUUUCUGGAGAAUACAUGACUAUAAUGGUAUCAAAUAGCGGACAUUUACGCGUAGUAUUUGACUUCGGUUUCGAACGGCAGGAGGUCAUAUUCCCGUUCAAGCAUUUCGGUUUGGGGCAGUAUCACGAUGUCAGGAUCGGCAGGAAGAAUUCAGGCGCCACUUUGAUAAUGCAGAUCGAUAAUUAUGAGCCAAAGGAGUUUAAUUUUAACAUAAAGAAUUCCGCGGACGCGCAAUUCAACAAUAUCCAGUACAUGUACAUUGGCAGGAACGAAUCUAUGACGGAGGGAUUCGCGGGCUGCAUAUCGAGGGUUGAAUUUGACGACAUAUAUCCGCUAAAGCUGCUCUUCCAAGAGAACGGACCUAUAAAUGUGCGUUCACUCGGUACUCCUUUGACCGAAGACUUCUGCGGGGUCGAGCCGAUUACGCAUCCACCAGAUAUCGUAGAGACGCGACCACCGCCUGACGUGGAUGAGGAGAAAGUGAGAGCGGCGUACAACGAGACUGACACAGCUAUUCUGGGAAGCGUGCUAGCGGUUAUUCUGAUUGCACUUGUGAUCAUGGCGAUUCUUAUAGGCAGAUAUAUGUCUAGGCAUAAGGGCGAAUACUUGACGCAGGAAGACAAGGGUGCUGAAAUUGCUCUGGAUCCGGAUUCAGCGGUCGUAAACUCUGCCACCGGCCAUCAAGUCCAGAAAAAGAAAGAGUGGUUUAUCUAAAAAUGAUCUAAAACUGAAAUGCAUCAUAUUAGAUAUGUAUGCGUUAGAGAGAAGUAACGAAUACACAUUAACUUAAUCUAAAAUAUUAUAUAUACGUCUUUGAUAAGGAUAAAGUCUUUUUUGCUCCAUUCAACUAUUAUCUUUUUAUAUAUGUUAUAAUUUUGUGUCAGGGACACAGAAAUGAAUCAUAGAAAUAGAAUCCAAAAAGCUGGUUAAGA